GCGGAGGCGGGCAGGCUGGAGCAUCUGCUGCUAUUGGCGCGGUGGCCUCUGCUUGGACGCAGGAGCCGUAGAUAGAUGCUGAAGGAUAGUAACCAGCAGUGCAAUGUUUGCUUCAGAAAUGGAAGAUCUGGGUGCUUCUGGAACUUCCUUGCUUUUCAAUCAGAGAAUUAAGAGAUAUGUAAAAGACAAGAAAACUUCAAAAGUCAAUAAGUUAAAUACUUCUCUUGCCUCAAAAAUAAAAAACAAAAUAAUAAACAAUUCCUCUAUCGUUAAGAUUUCUUUAAAACACAACAACAGGGCAUUGGCUCAGGCUCUGAGUAUAGAAAAAGAAAAUUCUCGAAAACUUAGAACUGAAAAAAUGUUGUUGCAGAAAGAAGUGGAGAAAUUGAGUUUUCGAAAUGCUUUUCUUCGUCAAAAGCUAAAUCGUCUGCAUAAAACUCUUAUAGAAACAGAAGCCUUCAUCAGCAGUAACUUGAUAUCUGCAAUUGAAAUGACAAGCCAACCUGAAGAUUUUCAAAGUCCCUCUCUCUUGCUGACCAGCCAGAAGAAGAAAGGUAUUGGCAAUCAGCAAGAUUUAUUACACCAUUCAUUUGGGAGAGAAAUUCCUCACAUCAGACCUACCCAUUUGGCUAUGAGAGUUCUGCUUACAUCAGCAGAUGAUGAUGACGAUGGUGAUGAUAAAGAGACAUUUCAUGACAACAGUUUCACAACCAAGAAAGUACCUGAUUCUCUCACUCCAGUAGCAUCCAAAGUAUCUUUAUCUAAUGAGUUCCAUUUGGAAUUAUUGCAAAGUUCUGAGAAAAAUGAUCAGGAGAUAAAUGCCCAAGAUAAUCCAGGGAGAAAUUUUUCUACGACCAAUGUGCUUUCCACAGAACAUCAGUCCCAUCCAGAAGAAAGUUCCAAAUGUGAAAGUUCCUCAGGUGAACUAAAUAAUGUUCAAUAUGCUGGGCAAGAGAAAAAGAAAAGAUCUCGUAGUAGUAGUCAAUCUGGAAAUGUGACUGAAAGAAAAAAGCGUCUUCCUUUUUGGGAAUCUAAUAAUUUUUCUGCAGCAAUUCCCCUUGCAGUGGAUUUGGAACAAAAAGUAGUUUCAAAUGACAUGUUAAAUCAGAGCAACAAGAUAAAUAACUCUGUGGAUACAGAUACUAAAACACAACAAAAUGGAUUAUGUCAUCUUAACUCACAGAAUCAAUCUGAAAGUGAACUUAAUGGAGAACUCCCCACGACGAUGCUCCCCAAUGAUGAGCAGCAGCUUCAGAAAACAAUAUAUGAAGCUGAUAUGGAUAUAACUGCAGGUGAAAUUAGCAAAAUUAUUACAAUUGAAACAGCUGCCAAAAAUAAAAGUAAUCAUAAAACUAAAACUUCUGGGAAAAAAGCUUUUAGAAAAGUGAAAGAUUCAAGCACUGAAAAGAAUAGAGAGAAGUCAAAAGUACAAUCAAAAACUAGUUCAUCUUUACACAGUGAAGCAAGGGAUAAAGUUACAGAGGAAAGCAGUUCUCUUACUUUGGCUGAUGGUAAAUCAGAAGAUCAGACACUCACUUUGGAGACUAAACAGCUUGAUCAGUUGAACACCUUGAAGAAUAUGUUUCAGAAAACUCAUGAGCAAAAUGUAGCAAACAUUUUACAGCAUCAUGACAAAAAUAACAAAGCAAGAAAAACCUAUGUUGUAAGUGAUGAAGAAAGAGUUUCUCUUUUCCCUCCCAUGUCAAAUAAAUCCUACCAGGACAACAAUUGUGGCAUGGGAUGUAGUUUCCAAACUUUUGAUAAAGGCAAAGACUUUAGAAAGACAUUUGUGGUAGAUAAUUCAAAGAAAGAUGCAUGCUUUCCAAGUCAAAAGGAUAAUGAAACUGUCCCUGGAAUAUUAGAAAACUUGGAAAAUGAGCUACAAACAGUUCUUGAUUGUACCGAAGGUAGCCAAAGCUCCUCUGAUUGUAGGACCCAAGAUUCAUUAGGUGUAGAAAAGCAGAUCACUUACGUGCAGCCUUCCAAACAAAGGACAACAAAUUUAAGCAGAAUGUCUUCAAAAUAUAGCAAGAAAGAGAGAACAUAUGAAUUAUUUUCUGAAAUUAACCAACUACAUGAAAAUAAUGAUGGAGUUGUGUACCACAAAGAGAGCCACGUGGAAGACCUUAAUUCAGAAACAAACAAAUCGGAAAAAAGCACUAAAUACCAAGUGAACAGCAUUAAAAAUGCAUCUUGUGUAGAAGUCAAUAAAAAAAUGGAAAAUUAUGAUCAAUGCUCAGAUCUUCAAAAACUAGAUAAAAAAUAUAGCAAGAAUUCAUUGGGCAAACCAAUGAGUUUAUUGAUAAAAUCUAAACCCAAAACCCUCAUGCAGGCAACAGAUCUCACUCAACAUUCUGUCCCCGUGGAAUCAGGUUCAAAAUACUUGAGAGAGCUGAAAAAUUAUCCUGAAAGUCAGAAUGACCAUCAGAAGGGUCAGACACAAAGUACAACUACAACUCUGAAUAAAAAAAAAUCUCUCAAUUCUUUCAUGAACGUGACUGCAGGAAAUGAAUUACAUGUUAAAGUAUCAAAUAAAAGAAGAGAAUCCAAAUCAAAAAAGAGCCGAAAGACUUAUGUAGUUGCUCCAAUUGAGCAAAAUGAAGUCAGGGAGAAAGUACCUGACACUAUUGAGGAAAGGUUAAGAUCAUGUGAUUCUGAGCAAGUUAAUCAGGAACAAAAUUUGGAAAAUGAGAAAACAGUCAAAGCAAAACCAAAUCAAUCCAUUUGUAAUCCAGUAAUGGAGUCCAGUUCUUGUCAUUUAAAGUCUUUAGCUCAGAUGGAUGAUUCAUUUAAUACAAGGCAGUUUUCUCCUUUUUCCACCUUGAAAGAGGAUUUAUUAAACUCUGGCAUUCCAAUUGCUAAGGAUCAGAAACUUUCAGACGAUGUUACUCUGAAGAAACCCAUCUUUCAAGUGGCUGACACUGAGCAAAAGCAUGCUUUCCACGAGAAAACAGAAGGGACAAUAUUUCUAGUUGACAGAAGAACAGAAACAACUGGAAAAGAUACCAAAGUACUACAGGAUUUGAGAAACAUUAGUUUUGUUUCUUCUCCUAAGUCUCAGAGUACAUCAUCUAAUGAUGUUUCUUCAAUUUUGCCAAUUAAAAGAAGGCGAGUUGCUGUAUGUUAUAAAGAACCAAGUCUUGUGAGAAAAUUGAGACGAAAAGAGGAAUUUACAAAUUCUGAUUGUGUGGAUACCAGACCUAAAAAGUCAAAAGGAAGAAAAAAAGAAAAUAAGGAAAACCCUCAAGAAAUAUUUUAAACAGCCACAUUCUUUUUUUUUGUUUUUUUGUUUUUUAACAUAGAAUGAUGCAUUUUCCAUUCUUAAGAUUAAGCAAAUGUAUAUAAAGUUAGCUGUUUUCUGAUUUUGCCAUUUAUGGUUUUGAUCAAGACAAUUCAUGAUAUAUAAUUUCAUGUUUUUGCUAUAAGUUUCUCUAAAUAAAGUCAGAUUAUUAUAUAAAUAU